AUGACCAACACCGCGGGUCUGACGUACACCCCGCUCCACCCGACCUUUGUGGCAGAAGUCCACGGUGCCGACUUUGACAACAUCACCCCCCAACUGGCGGAUGACAUCAAGAAGGGUCUCGCACAGUAUGGUGUCCUCGUGUUCCGCAACACGGGGCUCGAUGAUGACCGACACGUUGCCCUUUCGAGGCUCAUGGGCGAGCUGGACGACGUUACUCCGUAUAACAAGCUUGGGAGGGUGAACCGGCUCAAGUAUGAUGAGUUGUUCGACGUGUCAAACGUCGACGCCGAUGGCAACAUUAUCCAGCCCGGAUCGCAGAGGGAUAUCCUGGGCAAAGGCAACCAGCUCUUCCAUGUCGACUCGGCAUUCAACCCCCGCCGCGCCGGCAUCUCACUUCUCCUCUCCCACCAGCUCCCACCAAAGGGCACGGGCGGUGACACGGAGUUUGCUGACACACGUACCGCCUAUGACGAUUUGGACGGCGAGACAAAGGAGCGCGUCAAGGACUAUGUCUUGUGGCACAGCCAGCACCACUCGAGGCGGAGGGCCAACCCCGGUAACCCGCUGCUGGAGGAGCCGAAGUUCUUGCCUGAAUCGCAUCCUUUUGGCAAGCACAAGCUGGUUCAAGUCCAUGAGCCGAGUGGACGCACCAACAUGUACAUUGCCAACCACGCGUACCGUGUCGACCAGCUCCCGAUCCCCGAAGGCCAGGCGGAAAUUGAGACGUUGCUCAACCACGCCACACAGGACAAGUAUGUCUGCGCAGUCCACUGGAAUAACGAAACGGACAUGGUCGUCUGGGACAAUUGCGCUGUAAUGCACCGCGCUUGCCCAGGUGCGUUCGAGGGCAAGUAUAAACGAGACAUGCGGCGCACGACUGUCCACGACUCGAGCAGUUAUGCUUGGGGCAUGAACACUGUUGGCGAUACUUGGAGGUCCGGACUGCCCUGA